AUGGAUUUCCUAAAGUCCGCCGUCGCAUCUGCGAUCGCCAAGGGCCCUGCCUUCCCGUACUCGUUCGGGGACAUCCUCGAUGUCGACCAGUCCAUAUGGACCCUGCACAAUGGCACGAGACGUGAGGACGGAUCGAACUGCAGCAUCUUCUCCUUCGACAUCACCGCAAACAGGUCCAGAUUACCGCUCGCGAAGAACGCCCUGAAGAAGCUGCGCACGUUGCGCCACCCCGGUGUAAUCAAGGUCUUGGACACGGUCGAGACCGACACGUACAUCUACAUUGCGACAGAGCGCUUGGUGCCCUUGCGAUGGCAUGUGAAACGGAAGAGCCUAAGCCCCGAGACGACGAAAUGGGGCAUAUAUAGCGUAGCGCGAACCCUCAAAUUCAUCAACGAUGAAGCCUCCUCGAUCCACGGCAACAUGAGAGUUGGGUCAAUAUACACCUCGGAGAGUGGAGAGUGGAAGAUCGGGGGCUUCGAGGUCUUGAGCAACAUCAAGGACGAUGAUGCUAUCAUAUAUAACUAUGGAAGUAUGGUACCCGAUUCGGCGAGGUACGCACCUCCAGAGCUACAAUCAGGCUGGGACGCUAUAAAAAAGGCCCCUCACUUUGCCGUCGACUCGUUCAAUCUGGGCACACUGAUCUUUGAGGCCUUCAAUGGUGACUAUGCUGGUGGGAGCCAAGCUGGUCAAACCAAGGGUAUACCUCCCAGCAUGCAUGCGAGCUAUAAGCGACUCGUCAACAAUAAUCCCAAGUCUAGACUCAGCGUCGGCCACUUCAUCGAACAGGGUCAUCGUCGCGGGUCAUUCUUCGACACGCCACUUAUCAAGUUGACUGAUGGAGUGGAUAACCUGGGUGUGAAAUCUGCGGAAGAGCGGGAAGUGUUUCUCAACGACCUGGAACAGCUUACCGACGACUUCCCCGAAGACUUCUUCAAGAUGAAGGUCCUCCCCGAAUUGCUCAAGUCCGUUGAAUUUGGCGGCGGAGGGCCCAAAGCCUUCAGUGUUGUGAUGAAAAUCGCGACAAAAAUGUCAAAUGACGACUUUGACUCGAAGGUAACGCCUGUAGUAAUACGGCUUUUCCAAAACCCCGACAGAGCCAUUCGAGUAUCUUUGCUUGACAACCUGCCUUUGAUGAUCGAUCGGCUAUCGCAAAAGAUAGUGAACGACAAGAUGUUCCCAAAUCUCGUGUCAGGGUUCACCGAUUUGGCACCAGUGGUCAGAGAGCAAACGCUGAAGUCUGUUCUUACCAUCAUCGGCAAGCUCUCCGAUCGCACUAUAAACGGAGAACUGCUUAAGUGUCUUGCCAAGACUGCGAAUGACGAGCAGCCCGGUAUCCGCACAAACACGACUAUCUGUUUGGGCAAAAUUGCGAAGAAUCUGGGCACUUCCUCGAGGAGCAAGGUUUUGAUUGCAGCUUUUACUCGCUCUCUUAGAGACCCAUUUGUCCACGGGAGGAAUGCUGCACUCAUGGCACUUGCUGUCACAGGAGACUGUUUCUCUGACGAGGACGUCGCGCUGAAAAUCCUCCCGGCUAUUUGUCCUUCAUUGAUUGACAAGGAGAAGAUUGUGCGGGACCAGGCAACGAAGACCAUGGAUAUUUACAUGCAGAAGAUAAAGAAGGCCGCCGAGGAUAUGCCCGACACUGUCCUUGCUCCCCAGCAGACUGGCGAGCAUGCGGGAGCGCCACGCAUGGGUACUCCGCAGCCGACAGAGUCUGCUACAGCUUCAUGGGCUGGUUGGGCCAUCUCGUCAUUCACCAACAAGAUAUCCUCGGCAGCGGGUGAAAUCCAGCCAAACGCGUCAAACGGCUCAGCCCCAGCCGCAGAGGUGAAGCGACCUGUGCCAGUAACCACCUCGUCAGCAUCAACAUUACACCGCCAAGCUAUGAAAUCCCCGCAGCCUCCAUCCUCAGCACUUGCAAGGGCUCCUUCGAGUAACUCCGGCGCCGAGGCCUUCUUUGCGGAGGAGGACCCAGCAGAGGACGAUGGAGAUGCCUGGGGCGACAUGGGUGAUAUGGACGACAACGACAACUUCUUUGACGAUGGUUCAACAGCUGCGAAUGAUUCUAUGGCCUCAUCGGCUACCCUGCCCGCGGCAAAGAAAGAACCAACACGAAAUAUCAGCAGCAGCGGUAGCGCACAACCCUUUGGCGAUGACGAGGAGCCCGACUUUGCUGGAUGGCUAGCCGCACAGCAGAAAUCUAAGGCCGGUGGCAAGCCAUUGCCAAAGGGGCUCACCAAAGCAAACCCCGCGAAUGGAAAGGCGGCGACAAGCAAGAAGCCUGUUUCCAAACCUGCUGCGAAGUCGGCGCCAGCCAAGAAGAUUGACUUGAAGCCGAAACAGGCAGACGACGAGGAGGACGGGUGGGGAGAUGGCUGGUAA